CUUUGGGGACGAAAGAGAGAAUGCUAAUUGGCGCGAUGGCUACUGGUGUGUUGUAAUUUGUGCCCGAGGAGAUUGUGUGUAUUGGUUGGUGAAAUGUGAUUAUUUAAUUCCUAUUAACUUCAGUUUAGUGUCCAGUGAAGUGUUGUAGAAAAUGUAGUGGUGUACAGACUCUAUCCCGAAACCGACUCAUCGAAAUUUUUUUGAUUUUGUUAAAUGUCAUCAUCUGUAGCAGUCGUGACUCGAGCGUGAUUUCACUUCAGACGUAGAAUUAAAUAAUGUCAUCGCUUCAGAAGAAAGUUCUUAAAACUAAUCUCCCUACUGGCCCGUCUGUUGCAAGAAGGCGCCUUGCAGUGGGCAGUAAACGUGAUUACGCUCCCACAAAAUGGAAUAAAUAUUUCAGUGAAUAUGAAGAUGUACAUGUUCGAGAAAACACAUUUCGUGUGUAUAAGCGAGGUGACAGUGGUCCUGCUUUGGUUUUAUUACAUGGUGGAGGAUUCUCUGCACUUACUUGGGCAGUCUUUUCAGCAUCGGUGACAAACUUGGUUGCGUGCCGAGUUCUGGCUAUUGACCUGAGGGGCCAUGGUGACAGUGAAACGACAGAUGAUGAGGACCUGUCUGCUAAGACAAUGGCAAGUGAUGUUGGAGAUACUAUAAGCAUGCUGUAUGGCACUGAUGCUCCCCCAGUAAUUUUGAUUGGACACAGCAUGGGUGGGGCAAUUGCAGUUCAUGUUGCUGCUGCUGAUUUAAUACCAUCACUUUGUGGACUAGUGGUAAUAGAUGUUGUUGAAGGGACUGCUAUGGAUGCUCUUACAAGUAUGCAGAGUUUCUUACGUAGCCGUCCCACUGGGUUCAAAUCAAUAGAACAAGCUGUCGAAUACAGUGUUCGUAGUGGACAAGUCAGAAAUUUGGAGUCAGCUAAAGUUUCUAUGCCUGGCCAAAUAAAGAACUGUGUUACUAACAAGGCAGCUACAAAUGACCUUAAUUUGUAUGAACCUUCAGAGGACUCACUCGUUGCUGAGAUAUUAUCUUCCGAGAAUGUUAUCCAAGAAGAACCAAGUGGAGAAGAAAAUGACAACACUUCUUGUAGUGGUACAAAUGCAACUCAUCAUACCAAAGACUCUUCAGAUACAGAUGAUACGUGGGAACAACAAAGCUGUUCUGUCCAAGAAAAGAAACGCAGUAGAACAGCUGACAAAUAUACGUGGCGAAUAGACCUAGCAAAGACAGAGAAAUAUUGGUCUGGAUGGUUCAAAGGACUGUCUAACAUUUUUUUGAAUUGUCCAGUGCCAAAAAUGUUAUUGUUGGCUGGAAUAGAUAGGCUGGACAAAGAGCUCAUGGUUGGGCAAAUGCAAGGUAAAUUCCAGUUGCAAGUUUUGGGACAGUGUGGCCAUGCUGUGCAUGAAGAUGUUCCAGAAAAACUAGCAGAUAUAAUGGCAUCAUUUAUGGACUUUCCCUGCAUGCUAAAAAAUAAGAAAGAGUGCAAGAAGACAAGAAACUGGGAAAUGCAAUGUGUUCUGAGGUGGAGAAAUUGGCUGACAGUUCUGCUCUCAGAAGAUGCCUUUGAUGCAGAAGUUCUUCCAGCUCCUUUGGGUAAAGCUUUUUAUCUCUGCAAGUACACAGCUGCUACUUCGCCGUUGAAUUCCAGGUGAUAAAUAUUUUGGUUUCUUCUUUUAUUAUACAAAAUCCAACUCUUUUGUAUGCCAACAUCUUACAUCCGUGUGUGUGUGUGUGUGUGUGUGUGUGUGUGUGUGUGUGUGUGUGUGUGUGUGUGUGAGGGGGCACGCACGUGCGCUCACUUUUUUAGUUGCGGAAAUCUCUGGACUUGCUCAACUUCUGGAGCACCACCACAUGAAGAAGAGAUUGCUGUGACAACUGAGUUGUCCAGCCACUGCACAUACUGCUCUAUUGAUUCUCAACUGCUGGCUCAAAAUGUAUUGGAAAAUGAUUUUUUGUUCCCAGUGGACAUUCUUUAGGAAUUGUGUUUUCUCUCAUGGUACCAAUGGCAGAGUAUCCACAGUACUUGAGAAAUGAAAACAGAGAUGCACCUGCAAGUAGAUUGUCCAUGUGGAAACUGUAGCAAAGUUCUCUCUUCACUUCAGGAAUGUCAUCUAAUAAAACAAGUUAAGGACUUGCUGCCUUGUCAAAAAACUGCUCAUAGACUGUAUUUCCUUUAGGACCUUUGCCCUGAUAAAGUCCAUAAUUUACCAAAUAUCCAUCUUUGGUGUUGAGGCUCCAAAUCUUGUAGCUGAACCUAAUAGGCUUACCGCAGCUGAAUUGUUUGUGUCCAUGACAGCCAGAGUACUUCAACAUACAUUCAUAAUAUGACAGAUGUUCCUCAGGUAUGAAAUUCUCAAUGCAGUGCUUCAUCUCCAUAACUGCAGCCCUUGGUCUCGCUGGAGAUCUGCCCACCAUCCUCACAGAUACCGAUACCAGUGUUAACAGUUUGGUGAAAUUUUUUGAACUAUCAGGCCUCGUCCCUAAAGUGGUGGGGAAGGGCAGCAGACUUUAGUAUGUUAUAAACUGCUCUGCAUGUGGGGACAGCCUUCGUCCCCACCCAUGAGAUUUCAUGUUGACUUUUCGUCAGGGCACUGAUGACCGUGAUGUUGAGUGCCCCCCUCAACCCAAUUCAUCAUCAUAAUCAUCAUCAUCAUUUCCAUAACUGGACAGAUUUUCCGUGCUUUGUCAUUUUGAUCGAUCUUAGUAUUAUGUGCACAGUGUAAAAACCUCUCUUCUUGUAGGCUGAGACACAGCCAAGUUUUGCAUCUCAUCUUUUGAGUCCCAAUAGUCUCUUUUAGAAGGUAACUUGUUGUAGCCACUAACAUACAAAAUGGAGAUUAAACACUAUAUCUUGUCUGCUGUAAUUUUUGGGUCCUGACAAUUGAGAACUAAUAUUAAUGCUUUGUUUCUUUCAUCAAAUGCUCAAUAAAUUCCUGGUCAAUAAAAAGUUCAAAUGUAUUGAUGAUCAACAUGAUUCUGUAUCUUGAGUACGCAGGUCUUGGAAAUGUAGAGGGAUUUUGAAUGUCAAAGUCAGCUCCUUUCUCCCACCUCUGCCCUCGUGUAUCUCCAUUAGAAGACCAGUUCACAAUAUUGCCAGAUAAUAAGGUAGAUCCUACUUUGGAUACAGAGUGCUCUGGUAGACUUGGACAUGGUGCAGCUGGUUCAGAUGCAAUAGGAUCUGCGCAGCAUUCAUUGAUUGUGCCAGUGGGUCAUGGUCCUCAUAAUAAACACAAAUCCUUUGUUGUUUGGCAGCCUUAUUGCAGCAUUAGCUCAUAACUGGGGAGAGGACAGGUUGUCUACUAAUCUUUAACAAUACAAAAUGGAAUAAAAAAAUCAUAAAGUAGUCUGUGUCAGUACCAGUAAACAGACAAUUCAAAACAAACCAGUGAUAGGCCUACUUACCUGCCAACAUAAUUUCCUGAAUCUUCAUCUGUGUUUAAAUUCAGAUCUGAUGGCUCAACAAACACAUCACCAUCAGUAUCAUCAUUAUUAAGAACACCCAGUGCCUCAGAAAGCGAUAAACCUCUUCCAAAACAAGAAAGGGAAUUUUUUUCAUUUUACUGAGUAGAAGUGCCUCAUGGCAACACCAAAGUUCAAACAGCCUAGCUCAACAUAAUUUACUGCACAACAAGCAAUAAUUUUCAAAGAAUUUAUAUUUGAGUAUACAAAGUAUAACCAUACUAAAAACAAAGUCAUAUUUCGUAUAUUAUUGUGUAACACAUACUUACUCAAAAUUAUAUUCCAUUUUUCUUUCUCAUUCAGCAAAUGACAAAUUCCAACACUGCAUACAUUGCGACUUUUAAAUGUACUGUUAAAACUUGCAUUGUAGUGAUCUUUACAGUCUUAUGAAAUAGAAGCAAGUGCUACCAACACUCUUGCUUCAUUGAUGUCAUGGAAACGAUUUUAAGAUAGUGUAACAAGCAUUGCCAUAUGACAACGCACAAUGCUAAUGGGUUAAUGGGACAUUUUGUAGGACUAAAGCAAGUUUUUUGCAGAAAUUAAGCUGUUAUUCAUGGUCUGAAAAAGCAAAUACCAGUAUCACUAUAGUCUGAUUAAAAUUACCUUUUAGUUGACUUCUGUCACUUACUGCUACAGUGUUGUCACAUUGACUG